AUGCCUCUAGAAGGUGUGAAGAACAUCGUCCUGCGCCGCAACAAUUACCCCUCACACCUUAUCGAUAACGGCGAGUGUGCGCAUCGAAACAACUACCCUUUGAGUCAGUUUUCCUUCGCAGAAGCUAACCCCUCCCUGCAGGUCCUCUCCGGCAAGGGUGGUGUAGGCAAAUCCUCUGUGACCCUCCAACUAGCUCUCGCACUUUCCCUCCAAGGCAAAUCCGUCGGAAUCCUCGACAUCGACCUUACAGGGCCCUCCAUCCCGCGCCUCGUCGGCCUCGAAGACGCAAAGAUCACGCAAUCCCCAAAUGGCUGGCUACCCGUUCCAGUCCAUGAUGCAUUACCGCAAUCAGAUUCCUCACCCGCACGCGGCUCUCUCCGCUGCAUGUCCCUAGGCUUUCUCCUCCGCGACCGCGGCGACGCUGUCAUCUGGCGCGGACCCAAGAAGACAGCUAUGAUUCGACAAUUCCUGUCCGACGUUUCUUGGGGCCAAACAGAUUACCUGCUCAUCGAUACACCGCCUGGCACUAGUGAUGAGCAUAUCGCAUUGGCGGAACAGCUUCUUACGCUCUCUACUGCGGAUGCGGGGACUGCUGCCCAGAGAACCGUGCCGAGGCUUUAUGGUGCGGUGCUUGUGACGACGCCGCAAGCAGUUGCGACGUCUGAUGUGCGCAAGGAGGCUAAUUUCUGUGUGAAGACGAGUAUUCCCGUGCUUGGGGUUAUUGAGAAUAUGUCUGGGUAUGCUUGUCCGUGCUGUGGGGAGGUGAGCAAUCUCUUCUCAAGUGGUGGGGGUGAGGUUAUGGCGCAGCAAUUGGGGAUUCCGUUCAUGGGGAAAGUGCCGGUGGAUGUUAAGUUUGGGGAGCUGGUUGAGGGUAAGAUAGAGGAUAGUGAUGGUGAGGAUGAAGAGGAGGAAGAUCAGGACCAGAAGGAGCAGCCUGGGGCUCCUAUGGAGCCGGAUUUAAGACCGCUUGUGGAGAAGUAUAAGGAGGGUUGGUCGUAUCCUCGAUUCGAGGAGUUCGCGAAGUCGUUACUUCGGGGUGUGGAGAGCACUGCUGGGAUGUAA